UCUAGUUUGUUAUUAUCUGUUAAUAUAUUAUUACAGAGAGAAUGUCAGGGAUAGCCCAGGCUAGAUUAUCAGAGGAGAGAAAGGCGUGGAGGAAAGAUCAUCCAUUCGGUUAUAUUGCGCGCCCUAUGAAGAACACUGACGGGUCGAUGAACCUGAUGCUGUGGGAGUACGCUAUCCCUGGAAAGAAGGGAACCCCCUGGGAGGGAGGUCUGUACAAGGGACAGUUGAUCUUCAAGGACGACUACCCCAGCACUCCACCUAAAGUCAAGUUUGUUCCUCCACUUUUCCACCCGAAUGUUUAUCCUUCAGGAACAGUGUGUUUAUCCUUGUUGGAUGAAGAGAAGGAUUGGAGACCAGCAAUCACAAUCAAACAAAUCCUUCUAGGGAUCCAGGAUUUGUUGAAUGAUCCUAAUAUCAAGGAUCCUGCUCAAGCUGAAGCUUACACCUGCUACUGUCAGAACAGGGCUGAUUACGAGAAGAGGGUUCGAGCACAAGCUAGAGCUAUGGCGGUGGCGGAGUAAACAUCUGCCCCUGUAGGAGUGGAAGGGGGGGGGGGUAUCAUCUGCCGUAGAAUUUGGCAGAGGAGAGGGGUUUAUAAAAAGGAGGUUUUAAUUAGGAACCAAACUCAAUUAAAUCUCAACGUAAUAUUUUUACUUUGUAAUUUCGACAACAUAACUCUUUUGUAUUAAAAUCAUGAAAAUAUAGUUUGUAGUUAACAAUUAUUAUUAUAUAUUAUGUGGAGUAAGGAACAGUGCUGCCAUCAUGCGGACAGUUUAUAAACAAACAUGGCGUCCUGUCUGUACCCUAGCCCAGACACAAACACUGGCCAUCUGAUAUACUGUAACCUUGCAGACAAAACGUCAGUUUCAAACAAUAUUUCAGA